AUGAUCCGUCCCUGCAUUUUCGGCGGUGCCUGCCUUCUGUCUCACGCAGGUUUGACUUAUGAUAGGUUAGUUCCACUUCCACCGUUCUCAACUACUAAGAACCGAAGUGCGAGCGCAACCUUGGCCGGGCUGUUGACCGUUGCCAAACGGCGGCCAUCCAAAAAACAAAAAGGAGUCUCUUCUGAAAGCAAUGCACUCGUUCAAGGCCAACUAUUCGGCGUUCGCGAACGCACGGGGGGAAUGCACCACGAGACGGCCGAUGGGCGCAAAGGGGUGACAGCGGGGAGAGCCGAUGCCGUGAAACAAUUGAACCGCGACUGGCCGCCUGUGACUGGAAUCCAGAAUUGA